UUCUGGGUGUCCCUCCUCAAAGAGGGAGUUGUGUCACUCGACCGAGACUUUUUCGGCUCCUACAGCACUCCGGCACCUUGUAGACACACAUACACACACACUGUUCUUUUUGGGGCCCACCAAACCUUUGUAUAACUUUUGUAUAACAAAGGUAACGAACACCAACCAAGCAUACUCCGCUACCGACAGUCUCGCCAUUGAUGAAGCUCUCGCAAUUCGGGCAGUUCGCUGGCUUUUCCUGGACGGUACUGGUCCUCGUGUCGGUGCUGGAUACUAGUCGCGCGCAGCAAGGCGAUGGCACGGACGGGAAUACGGUCUCGACUUGUCCCCUGCAGUGUCAGUACGAAACGACGUGCGUACAGGGAGACCUCAACGUGUCUGGCUUGCCCAUAGAUCCGGUCACAGGGGAAGCCUACCUACAUCCCGAGACCAACGCCGGUGGUUGGAUCUGCGACUGCCCAACCGAUCUCACUGGCAUACGCUGCGGACGCAAGUUUGCGUCCUGCAAUUCGUUGGAAUCGCAAGGAUGCUAUCACGGUGGCGAGUGCUUGCAGGGCGUAACGGACCGAUUCGGCAACGAUCAGUUUUACUGUAAUUGUAACGGUGCGCUAGACGUGGCGGUGGAAGAUAAGCGAGACAAUUUCAUGGUGACGCAGUACGUCGGACGAUUUUGCGAACAAGUCGUUACGACUGCGGACAAAUGUGGCAUCGAUACCGGUACCAAUAACAUCAAUCGGUUCUGCAUCAACGGGGGCACUUGUCGGAGCGACGACGCGGAUAACGUGGACUUGAAGCCCUGCGACUGUCCUUCCAAUACCACGGGGGCGCACUGUGAGUACACCAUCGACACUGUCCCGCUCUGUUCUUUGGAUUGUGGAGAGCACGGGAGCUGCCGAUUGGGACGCAGACCAUUGUCUGCCUUCGAAUUGCAAUUAGGCGUGGAAACACAUCGAAAUCACAUGUAUUGCGCGUGUCGGCGUGGUUUUACCGGAUUUCUGUGCGAUGCCCCGGCAGUGGAAUGUGGAAACAGUGCAUCCAUCUCCUGUUUGAAUGGAGGGGUUUGUGAGGAGCGCUCAAGCGAUAACGGGUCCGACUUUUUCUGGGCCUGUAACUGCUCAGGCGUCAAGGCGGCCGGAAAAUUUUGCCAAUACAACGCUACAGAUACCUGUGAAAAUCCAGUUUUUCUAGAUACAGACGACCAUCACAAUUUUUCCUUCGAAACCAAUGGGUUCUGUGUCAACCAAGGCGUUUGCCACGAGAAGGCUAUGACGGCACAACUGUACUGCGACUGCCCGAACCAAACCAUUACCGGUUCGCAAUGUGAGAUCGUGUCGAACCAACUAGGAGAAAGCGAUCAGAGUUCGUUGAUACCGUCCGCAUCUCCGGCGCCUACUCCAAACACUGGUGGGAAUGCGACUUCUUUGCCGACAUCCCGCGGCAUCGACGACGCCUCAGGAGCACCAUCCCCGUCGACCAUGUCGCCUACUGCAGGCGCAUCACCGAAUGCAUUGCCCGAACCGUCCCCCGUAGCCCCUUCAACUAUGUCACCCACCAGCGAUCGCGCCCCCGUCGAUCGACUCGACCUGCCCACUCAACAAUCUUCCUCAAGUAGCGCCAAUGCCACUGUCGGCGACGACUUGCCCAGCGGUGCCGUCUUUGGUAUUGUACUGGGUGGAGUAGCAUUUGCGGUAGUCGCCGUCCUUUUCUUGCGAGGCCGUCGCCGUGGUGGUGGUCGUCGUUCGCAUCAGGUCGAGAAUGCCAUCGACGUGGAUGGUUGGCAUUCGUCCGAACCACUCAGCGGAGCCAAUGGCACGACAGGGCAUGAUCUCCGUCUCCACGACAAUGAAAUUGAGUUAAUUUAA